GAUCUUUGAAAAGCAGCGGGAGACCAAGAAACAUCUAUUUGGAGGGCAGUCUCAGAAGGCUGUCCAGCCCCCACACCUUUUCCUUUGGCUGAUGAAACUCAAAAACAUGCUCCUUGCCAAGUUCAGCUUUUACUUUCAUGAGGCGCUGAGCCGACAAACGACUGCUUCAGAAAUGAAAACGUUGACUGCAAAAGCUAACCCAGACCUUUUUGGAAAGAUUUUCAGCUUCAUCAGGAAAUAUGAUGCUGCCAAUGUGUCCUUAAUUUUUGACAACCGAGGUUCUGAGAGCUUUCAGGGUCAUGGCUAUCACCACCCCCAUUCCUACAGAGAGGCCCCUAAGGGUGUGGACCAGUAUCCAGCUGUGGUGUCUCUGCCCAGCGACAGGCCAGUCAUGCACUGGCCCAAUGUCAUCAUGAUCAUGACGGACCGUACGUCUGACCUGAACAGCUUAGAGAAAGUGGUCCACUUCUAUGAUGACAAAGUGCAGAGCACUUACUUCCUAACCCGCCCAGAACCUCACUUUACCAUUGUCGUCAUCUUUGAGUCAAAGAAAUCUGAGAGAGACUCCCACUUUAUUUCCUUCCUCAAUGAGCUCUCACUUGCCCUUAAGAACCCCAAAGUUUUUGCAAGUCUGAAACCUGGAUCCAAAGGUUAGCAGGUGAUUUGUGUGAAAGAUUUUCAAGACUGGCAACCAUGUUCUUAAUUGCUCUAAUGACCUACAGUGGUUUGUGAUUAGAGUUUACAUCCAUUCAUCCUUCUUUCAGAGCUAAAUCAAAGAAAAAUCUGCCCUAAUUGUGUUGCACACUUCAUAAGCAAUUAAGACCAAUUGAAUUAAGUAUCCAAAGAGUAAUCUAGGAAGUGAUCAUGGGCUACUGUGUGUACCUCCAUGGUACAGCAAAGUGGUUUCAGCAUUUUCUCCUAUUUUCCUGUAUUUCAUGUGGAUUGAAUAUUUAUUCACUUUGAUUUUUCUUUCCUGAUGUUUUUUAUUGUUCUAAAUAUUAUGUUCUAAUGCAAUUCCAAACACCUUUUUCUUCCCCUCCUUCCUGGAAGAGUAAUCGGGAUAAGAUAUUAAAUGGACUUUUUAAAAUUAA